GGUGGGGAGGGUGCAGCCUGGGGAGCCAGCGGCCCGCCCCGCCAGACGCAGGCUCCACGCACCCGCUCCGGAGAAGCUGGGUGGGGACGAGGGGGUGGGGGCCCAGAGGGUAGGUCCCCUCCUGUGCCAGCUCCCCCCACCCACCCACCCACCCACCUACCCCAAGCCGGCUUUUUUCCCUGUUAUUUGUGCUCUGGGAAAGCACGGCUGGGUUCCUGGAAAAGACGCCUAUUACCUUGGCUCUUGAGAAAAAGCAGCAGCCCUGAGACCUGGGCCUACGCCUGCCCAGGCCAACCUUGGGGCCUCAGAGCGUCUGGGCCACACUGUCUGGGAAGAGGCCCGGCGCUCGGUCAGCUGCCUGGAGAGUCGCUGAGGGAUGAGGACGCCACAGCCCGGCGGAACGCACUCCCUGCUCUCGUGGCCCGGAGCGCGCAGCGCCCAGGAGCCGGGCAGAGCCUGACGCCCUGUCGUCUCCCCUCGCGCACGGGGCUCUGCGAGUGACCCGACCGGCCAGCUCCCUGCUGCAUGGAACGGCUGCAGAAGCAACCACUGACCUCCCCUGGGAGCGUCAGCUCCUCCCGAGACUCCAGUGUUCCUGGCUCUCCCUCCAGCAUCGUGGCCAAGAUGGACAAUCAGGUGCUGGGCUACAAAGACUUGGCUGCCAUCCCCAAGGACAAGGCCAUCCUGGACAUCGAGCGGCCUGACCUCAUGAUCUAUGAGCCACACUUUACCUAUUCUCUCCUGGAGCACGUGGAGCUGCCCAGAAGCCGGGAGCGCUCACUGUCACCCAAAUCCACAUCCCCCCCACCAUCCCCAGAGGUAUGGGCGGAGAGCCGGUCCCCUGGAACUAUCUCUCAGGCUUCAGCCCCAAGAACCACUGGGACCCCCCGGACUCCGCUACCCCAUUUCCACCAUCCGGAGACCACCCGCCCAGAUUCCAACAUCUACAAGAAGCCACCCAUCUACAAGCAGAGAGAGUCCACGGCAGGCAGCCCUCAGAGCAAGCACCUCAUCGAGGACCUCAUCAUCGAGUCCUCCAAGUUCCCUGCAGCCCAGCCGCCCGACCCCAACCAGCCGGCCAAGAUUGAAACCGACUAUUGGCCAUGCCCCCCGUCGCUGGCGGUCGUGGAGACAGAAUGGAGGAAGAGGAAGGCAUCUCGGAGGGGGGCAGAGGAAGAGGAAGAGGAGGAAGAUGAUGACUCCGGGGAGGAGAUGAAGGCUCUCAGGGAGCGUCAGCGAGAGGAACUCAGUAAGGUUACUUCCAACUUGGGAAAGAUGAUCUUGAAAGAAGAGAUGGAAAAGUCCUUGCCUAUCCGGAGGAAAACCCGCUCUCUGCCUGACAGGACACCCUUUCAUACCUCCUUGCAUGCAGGAACAUCGAAGUCAUCUUCUCUCCCCGCCUAUGGCAGGACCACGCUGAGCCGGCUACAGUCCACAGACUUCAGCCCCUCUGGGAGUGAGACUGGAAGCCCAGGCCUGCAGAACGGAGAGGGCCAGAGGGGGAGGAUGGACCGGGGGAACUCCCUGCCCUGUGUGCUGGAGCAGAAGAUCUAUCCCUACGAAAUGCUUGUGGUGACCAAUAAGGGGAGAACCAAGUUGCCUCCAGGUGUGGACCGGAUGAGGCUUGAGAGACAUCUGUCAGCCGAGGACUUCUCAAGGGUAUUCUCCAUGUCUCCUGAAGAGUUUAGCAAGCUGGCCCUGUGGAAGCGGAAUGAACUCAAGAAAAAGGCUUCUCUCUUCUGAUCACCCUUCCCACUCCGUGACUGAUGCUCUCCCCUGCUGCUUCGGGGCUCUGGAGCUGGGGCCGCUAGACCCCAAGGCAUCAUCUCUUAAGGGAGCAGGUUGCGGGGGGAUGGAGGUAGGGUUGGCUCCACCCCCAGCUGAGGGGAAGCCAAGACCUCUGCAGGGCCCGGGUUGUGGGACUUGAACUCGCUUCCUCACAAGGAGCCAGGAGCCCCUUUCCCUCCCCCUGGCCCUCGAGGCACAGGGCAAACCCCGUCCGGAGCCCAGCACACACAGAGAUAAUGUUUGCACCCUCUCCCACCCCACCUCCACAGGAGAGUCCCCCCAAGAGAGUAAGGAGAAGGGAAGGCAGCACCUAGUGGGCAGGUGUGUUGGUCAUCUUGACCAGUGGGUGGGUAGAACCCUUGGGCCUGCUGGGAGGAGGGUGAUGGUGAGAAGCAGCUGGGCAGGCAGGGAGAGCCACGGGACUCCGUGGGCACCCAGGCACGCCUCCUCACCUCCCCUUGGACAGCCUCCCCUGCACCUGGGCCUCUGGCUUCUCCGACUCUUAGCAGGAGCGACUUGAGCUCAGCCUCUAGCAAUGAGGUCACCCUGUCCUCCAGCUCACCCUGUUCUCUCCUCAUGACCCCUAAGCUUCAAAGCCUCUUGCUCCAGCCCUGUGGCUUCCCCAGAAGCCUUGGCUUAGAGUGGGGAUUCGGCAGAACCCCGGCCCACCGUCAGCCUCCAGGCAAAGUCAGCUAGACUUCCAGCACCCAAUCCCGGUCAGAACCCAGGCCUUCAGGCUCUCUUGGAUGGAUCAUGAGACCAGGCUGAGUGUCCUGGCCACCAGGUCCUGCCCACUCCCAUGCACCCCCACCACGCUGUCUAAAGAAUGUAAUUUAUUGGGGCACCCCCCAGCUGCUUUCUCUCCUAACUCUCUGCCCUACCUAAAUCACACUCCCAGCUUCUCUUCUCUACAGAUACAUAUGUGUAUAUAAUUAUAUAUAUAUUUUUGCCCGGGUCUGGGUUUUGUUCCUGCCCAGACCCUGGCAUCCCUUUCCACUGUGUGUGUGUGUGUGUGUGACAAUGCUGUGGGAGGGGGACUCUGCUUGGAAUUAAAAGGUUGCACUGGGUCCCCAAA